UCAGCUUGAAUUAAACAAUAACUUAAUAUAUUUUAUUAAUACAUAUAACAUAUUAUAAAUAUUUACACACCCUUUAAACAUCUUAACUUAUAGCAAUAAAAAAAAAAUAAGACCGUUUAUAAAAAUGAUUGACCCAAGCAUGUUAACACUUUCGGACAAUGUGAAAACACACAUCAUCACCUUCUUAGAAAAAAAAGGGUACACAAACAUAACAAUGGAUGUUGAAUCAGGAAGUAAUAUCGGAGACAAUUUCAUGGGUUUCAUCGGGAAACUUACAAUAACAACUCUUGAUGAUAAAGAACAACCAAAAGUAUUUAAUUGGGUUGUAAAAACAUGCCCAAAUCUUGAUUUGCCCGACGCCGGAAUCAAUAUAAGCGUUAGUUAUUUACGAGAAUCUUACAUUUACACUGACGUUUUACCAACUUUUCGUCAAUUUCAAGCUGAAAAAGGCGUUAUAAACCCUUUUCGUGAAUAUCCCGAAUUCGUUUUAUCAUAUUUGGAAGGUACCCAUAAAAGUAUUGUAAUGGAAAAUAUAAAAUUAAAAGGAUAUGUAUUGAAAAAUCGCCAAGAACCUUUAGAUUUGAAUCAUGUUAAAUUGGCGAUGAAAACUUAUGCUAAAUUACAUGCUGUUUCUUUUGCUUUGAGAGAUCAAAAGCCGGAUGUUUUCAAAAAGCUGGCUGAAAACACUGUUGAUAUCGUAAAAGAUGUUAUCAGUAAUGAAGGUAUACGUCAAAUACAAGCGAUUGGAUAUCAAUUGCCUUUUAGCGCUUUGGAUCCUAAAACGGACGGGAACGCUUUGGCUGCGUACAAAAAAUUUGUUGAUAAUUAUGUGGAUGUGAUCGUCGAGCUUUUUGAAAGUACAAACGAUAAGGCUGUUAUCUCACAUGGGGACUGUUGGAUUAAUAAUCUUUUAUGGCAAUAUGAAAUACCAGAUUCAAAAAUUCCAACAAACGUAUGUGUCUUGGACUGGCAACAAUCUCGUUGUGGUUCCCUAGCAAUUGAUUUAUUAUAUUUCUUAUUUACCGGCACCACAAAAGAAUUCAGAGAAGAACACUUUGAUAACAUGAUAAAACUUUAUUAUUACACGUUGUGUGGCCAGAUAAACGAGAUAGGUAGUGAUCCGGAAAAGCUUUUGUCAUUCGAUGAUUUGCAAGAUCAACUAAAAAAAUAUUCUUUAGUUGGAAUGUUUAUAGCGAUACCUUUACUGCUUAUUAUCACUCGUAAUUAUACAAUCGAAAAACCCGAAGUUAAUAUGGAAGAGGUGAAAGAUAUGAGUGUUUUUGUUGAUACGCAGAAGCAAUGGCUUAUGGCCGGUGUAAAUAUGGAAGCUUAUACUAGUAGGGUGAGGGGUGUCAUUGUUGAUGCUUAUGAAAAAGGGUAUUUUAAACAAAUUUUGUAAUAACACCGUUUUGGUAUUUUAUGUUAUGAUUUUAUACAGUACAAAUUAAUUUUUUUAAUAACAAAUGUAUUCUUGUAAUAUUGUUGUACCUAUUUGUUGAUGUAUACUUUUAUGGUUGAUGUAAUACAUAAUGUAUGAAUAAAUUAAUAUAUUUAAAA